AUGAGUGAUUUAAGAUUGUUGAAUCAAAAUAAAAGCCUUCACCAUUUCCAGAAUACAUUUUUCAAAUAAGAACCAUCUCCUUGUAAAUCAUAUCGUAAAUAACUCGAAUAACAUGGAUCACCAAAUCAUUUAUCAACAUCUCUUUCCAUUUCGAAGACACUUGCUAAUAAUAAACCUUAAUCUUAAUAAUCAGAAACCUCUUAUGCUUAUUUUUUAAUACAACAAAUUAAACAGUUAGAGUAGACAAUAGAAGAAUUAAAAUAAGAAAAUCAGUUACUAAAAUCUUAAUAGAAGAUAGGAUUUUUGGUAUAAUUAUUAAAUAAGUUAGGAUUUACAAUUUUAACAUAAAUAAAUGAAUAAAUAUCAUAGUUUAUUGAAGUCUGUAUAACAAAUUAAAUUGGAUAACAUAAAAUUAAGAAAAAGCAUAGAAUAGAUGAAUAUGAUGAUGAAAAUUCAUUUGGUACCAGUGAAUGAAAUGUUUUUGAAAAUGAUUCCUCCUGAGAAUUAUCAUAAAGAAUCAUUUAAUCAUAUGUAAAAUGAUUCAAUAAAUGAUUCGACAUUAAAUUUUAAAAUACAUGCAAAUAUUAAUAAAUAUUAAAAAUGUAAAACAGAGACUCAACUAAAAGAGUAGAAAUGA